AUGCAAGCCAAUCCAAACGAUCCAAAAACUUUUAAACCUUUAAAAUAAAUUGAUAAAAAUCAAAGAGGAUAUGGUUUAAAAUAAAUAGCUUAGAUGACACUUGGAUCUGGAAAUAUGUUAUUAGCUGUAGAAUUACCUAAUGGAGAAGAUUUGAAUGAAUGGUUAGCUGUUAACACAAUUGAAUUUUAUAAUGAAAUUUCUAUAUUAUAUGGGACAUUAGUAGAAUUUUGUAUUCCUGAGUUAUGUCCAAAUAUGUGUGCAGGACCAAAGUAAUAAUUAAUAAUGAUUAAAUUAGAUAUGAAUAUUUAUGGGCUGAUGGAUAAAAUAUCAAAACACCAUUAAAAGUAUCUGCUUCUGAGUAUAUUGAUUAUUUAAUGACAUGGGUAGAAAAUCAAUUAAAUAAUGAUUCUUUGUUCCCAUGUUAAAUAGGUAAUUGUUAAAUUAGAUAUAUAGGGAUUCCAUUUCCUAAAACAUUUUUAUCUGUUGUAAAGGUUAUUUUUAAACGAUUAUUUAGAGUUUAUGCUCAUAUAUAUCAUUCUCAUUUUUAACAUAUAAUGGCUUUAGAACUAGAGUAUCAUUUGAAUACUUGUUUUAAGCAUUUCAUAUAUUUUAUAGGUAUAAUAUAGGAUUAAGUUUAAAGAUGAAUUUAAAUUAGUAGAGGGAAAGGAACUAGCCCCUUUGGCAGAAUUGAUACAACAAUUUAAAGCAAGAAAAGAAAAUAAUACAACAAAUUAAGGAUUAUGA